AUGUCUGACAACCGCUGGAAUGUCUCUUUCCAAUCUGUUGAUGGAGUAACCCUGAAAGGCUGGUUUUUCCCAGCUGCCUCAGAACCGGGUCCAUGUAUUAUCAUGACUCAUGGGGUCACCGCCCUCAAAGAGCACUUCCUUGAUGGAAUGGCUCUCGAGUUCCAAAAAUCUGGGUUUAAUGUCCUGCUCUACGACAAUCGUGGAUUUGGAGAAAGUGGCGGUCGCAGAUAUGACUCAGACCCCGUCAAAGCACAAGACGAUUAUAUUGAUGCUUUUGACUACGCCGCAUCUCUUUCGGAGGUUGACUCUCAAAGAAUUGUCUUUUGGGGAAUAAGUCUUGCUGGAGGUGUUGCCAUAUCCGCUGCGGCGAUCGACCGCCGAGUCAAGGCCGUUAUUGCACUCGUACCAUAUGUAUCAGGAGAGCUUUUACUAGGAACUGGCCAACCGCUUCUCGACAUGGCCGAACGAGACCGUGCCAAAAUCCGUAAUGGGGAAGAGUGGCCUCUCUCUCGUGUUGUCGCCUCCACUAUUGAGGAGGCCCAAGCCAGGAGUGCACCUGUACUACUGCGAGAUGAAACCAGCUUCCGUUUUUUUCAGGAUGCCACCGCCCUAGGUGGAAUUUGGGAAAACAAAAUUACUACAAUGUCUCUUUUCAGAUUCCUUCGGUUUGAACCUAUCAGAUAUAUCCACCGGAUCGCACCCACUCCCCUCCUGAUGGUUGUGGGAGAAAAGGAUGAGGGUUUAUUUUCACCCCAAUUACAGGCAUUCGGGCUUGCGCAAGGGCCCAAAGAGCUUCAUAUAUUGAAAGGCGGUAAUCAUUUCAAUCAUUACCAGGGUGAGCUACGCAAGGAGAGCUUUGCAGCGCAGAUUGAUUUCUUAAAACGACAUGUAUAG